AUGGCCACCACUAUCUGUCAGGUGCCGGAAGGUUACCCUGCCGAAAUCAUCGGCUAUGCCGAACCCUGGAUCGUCAGCCCCGGUGACCAGGUGCAUAUCAAGGUAUCCACUACCGCCAGCGAGUAUAGCCAUCGGACAGUCCGUCUCAUCCAAGGUCUUGACGCUCCUCACGCGCCCGAGGUUCGGGUGGAAGAAAUAACCCAAAUUGCCAGGGGCACCCACAAGGGAAGGUUCCAGCAAAGCCAUGCGGGUUCCUACGCUCUUGUCGAGGACCUUGGGUUCACCUCCAAAGAUGAGGGCGUCAAAUUGUCAUUCUUUUUCCAGCCAUAUCUACUGAGUGCUGGCCAUGACCAAACUCUCGUCUCUCUUCUGGGAUCUAAUGGGGUCGACGGUGUCGUGGUUUUGUUGGGUGACGACGGUGGUCUCAAAGUCCGUGUCGGGAACGGGAGCGAGCUGGAAGAAGUCCCCUUCACUUACGCCCUCGUCGAGAAGCAAUGGCUGCAUAUCGAUUUGAACAUUCACAAGGACGUCUUGGCCAUUGCUGCGACCCCCAUGGCAUUCCUUGGCCAUUGUAAUGGAGAGUACCACCAGCAAUCGUUCAAACUCUCCAAGCCGAUUACCCUUACAACAUCAUCUAUCCUUACCGUGGGUGCCACCCGACCAACGUUAGAUACCAGACCUACCGAUUACUACAACGGCCGAAUAGAGGCCGUUUCGUUGAAUGCAAGCUGUGCUGGCACUCUGAGGUCUGUCCUCAAGCUCGACUUUUACCUAAAAAUGUCGACCGAUUCCGUCGUCGAUGUGUCCGGGAACGGAAAGCAUGGUGUGUUAGUAAAUGCUCCCACGCGAGCCGUUACAGGCCAUGACUGGGAUGGGAGCGAGACGGACUGGACCAAGGCGACGUACGGGUACGGCGCAAUCCACUUCCACGAGGACGACCUGGAUGAUGCUCGAUGGCAAACUGAUUUCACAAUUCAAAUCCCAGCUGGCGCCCGUUCUGGUGCUUACGCCGUGGAGGUCAAGAAUGCCGACGACCCAACAGUUUUAGACAAUAUCACCUUCUUCGUUCGGCCACCUCCAACUUCGGUAGCCAAAGUGGCACUCGUCCUGUCUACUUUCACGUACACUGCCUAUGCUAACGAGCACAUGUACGAUGAGUCAAGGUCGUCCUCCCUUGUGCUAACCGGCGGCCUGAUGCCUCGCAAGGACGAAAAUUUUAAGCGAAUGGAAAGACGCGGUGAUCUCGGUCUUUCCCUGUACGACGUCCAUCGGGACGGCUCAGGCUCGGUGUUCUCUACCGUCAAGAGGCCUGUUCUUAACGUGCGGCCCGGUUUCUACCACUGGGGUUUCGACCGACCCCGUGAAUUUUCCGCGGACCUCCUCAUGGUUGGCUUCUUGGAACAGGUGGGCAUCCCAUAUGAUGUCGUUACCGACCACGACCUGCAUGCGCGAGGGGUAAACGCCAUCAAGCAAUACUCGACGGUCAUCACCGGAAGUCACCCGGAAUACCCCACCCUUGAGUCUCUUAACGCGUACAGCGAGUAUUCCGCUUGCGGAGGCAACAUCAUGUACCUGGGCGGCAACGGCUUCUAUUGGAUGUCCGUCUUGGACCCUGCCAACCCUCACCGAAUCGAGGUCCGCCGCUGCGACCAAGGCGUUCGAACCUUUGGCAUGCCUGGCGGCGAAUGGCACCACAGUCUCAACGGCCAGCGCGGGGGUCUCUGGCGCUCCCGCGGCCGCUCGGCAAACCACCUCGUCGGAAUCGGGUGCUGCGGCGAGGGCUUCGGUCCCGGCGUCGCCUACAAGCCGACGGAGGCUGCGAAAGACGACAGGUUUGCGUGGGUCUUCGAAGGGAUUGGUAGCGAUGAACUUGUGGGCGAGAACGGCUUCGGCGGCGGCGCGAGCGGUGACGAGAUUGAUCGCUGGGACCCGGUACACGGAAGCCCCGAGACGGCCGUGGUGCUGGCUUCGAGUCUUACGCACUCGGAGCUGUUCGGCUUGUUCCCAGAGGACUUUUCGUUCCAGGACUAUUGGGAUGGCCUUCUGGGGCCGAACACGAACAAGAUUCGAAGUGACAUAGUGUUUAUGGAGAAUAAAGCUGGCGGAAAGGUGUUCUCUGUUGGGAGUAUGAACUGGUAUUGCUCUCUUGGCUGGGACGGGUACAAGAAUAACGUUGCCAAGAUGACGGAGAAUGUUCUUAGGCACUUUGCUGCAAUGUGA